UUAACGGUGGUUGCAGUUUGCUUGCUGUUCCUGGCGAGGAUCCCAGUCAGUUGCUGUGUGAAGACUGGGGGAAGAGACGGUGAGGGAAAAAACAUCAAGUCAGUCUCACUUCCUCCCAGUGAUCUUAGUGAAUCGGUGCUGCUAAGCAAGCCAAGGAGUGAGAGGAAUUUUGGUGCAAGAAGAUUAAUCAAGACAAGGAUAAGGAAACUGAACAAGCUCUAGGGCCCAGGACCGUGUUUGCCAUGCUCUCAUAGUGAUGUCAGUGAGAGCUCUACUUUCAAAACAAAUCAGCGCCUAAAAGAAAAAGAAUUUACGUAACCAGCUAUGCACCUGCUACACAUAAGAGGAAGCCAAGAAGUUUACCAGGGAAAACAAUGGAGCUGCCUAAAAAUUUGGAUACUUUUAUGCCUUUUUCCAAGAACCUUUGUAUCAAAUGCUUCAAAACCCAAUAUUUUACUGAUAUUGGCUGAUGAUCUGGGUAUUGGAGAUGUAGGUUGCUAUGGGAAUGAUACAAUAAGGACCCCUAACAUUGACAGCCUGGCAAAGGAAGGAGUGAAAUUUACUCAGCACAUUGCUGCAGCUGCUGUCUGUACGCCAAGCAGAGCAGCCUUCCUCACGGGCAGAUACCCCAUCAGAUCAGGGAUGGCAUCCAGCACUGACAGGCGUAUUCUUUUUUGGAAUGGGUGUUCUGGUGGGCUCCCACCAAAUGAAACCACUUUUUCCAAAAUACUGCACCAGCAAGGUUAUUCGACAGCACUUGUAGGGAAGUGGCAUCUGGGCGUGAACUGCAAAUCCCGCUAUGAUCACUGCCACCACCCUUUAAAUCAUGGCUUUGAUUAUUUUUAUGGCAUGCCUUUUACCCUUUUGAAUGAAUGUCAAGGCACAGAUGAACCUGAACUGGCCAAGUCAUUGCAAGAUACCUAUUGGCUAUACACACAGAUAAUCAUUCUUGCAGUGCUUACGCUUCUGAUUGGAAAACUUACCAACUUAUUCUCAGUAAAAUGGAAAAUAAUUAUAUGUCUGGCCAUCUGUGGUUCCCUGUAUUUCAUUUCCUGGUUCUCCAGCUAUGGAUUCACCAAGUACUGGAACUGUAUCCUGAUGAGAAACCAUGAUAUCACUGAACAACCAAUGAAGCUAGAAAAAAUCACUUCUAGUAUGCUUAAGGAGGCAAUUUCAUUCAUUGAAAGAAACAAGCAUAGACCAUUUCUUCUCUUUGUUUCCCUUUUACAUGUUCACACUCCUCUCAUUACCACAAAGAAGUUUUUGGGAAGAAGCAGACAUGGCCUAUAUGGAGAUAAUGUUGAGGAGAUGGACUGGAUGGUGGGAAGGCUUCUGGACGUUAUCGACAAAAAAGGCUUGAAGAAUAACACAUUCAUUUAUUUUGCAUCUGAUCAUGGAGGAUCCUUGGAGGCUCACAGUGGAAAUGCCCAGCUAGGUGGAUGGAAUGGUAUCUAUAAAGGUGGAAAAGGAAUGGGAGGCUGGGAAGGAGGGAUCCGUGUCCCAGGAAUAAUUAGAUGGCCAGGAGUGUUGCCUGCAGACAUAGUUAUCGAUGAACUGACAAGCCUUAUGGACAUUUUCCCAACAGUGGUUCAGCUGGCUGGAGGGGCAGUGCCUCAGGACAGGGUAAUUGAUGGACGCUCCUUGCUGCCUUUACUGCAAGGCACAGUUCAGCACGAGUUCAUGUUUCACUACUGUGGUGUGUUUUUGCACGCAGUGCGCUGGCACCAAAAGGACAGUGGCACUGUGUGGAAAGCUCAUUACACUACUCCAGUAUUCCAACCAAAGGAUUCUGGAGGCUGUUUCAGAAGAGGAAUUUGCCCAUGUUUCAGGGAUGGUAUAACCCAUCAUGACCCUCCAUUGCUGUUUGAUCUCUCACAAGACCCUUCAGAGACCCAUCCUCUAUCAGCUGACACCGAGCCCUUGUUUGACACCAUUAUAAGGAGAAUAGGAAACGCCGUAGAAGAGCAUCGUAAGACGCUGACUCCAGUCCCACAGCAACUGUCUCAUUACAAUAAUAUGUGGAAGCCAUGGCUGCAGCCAUGCUGUGGGACAUUCCCAUCCUGUUGGUGUGAUAAAGAAAGCAACAAGGCAGAGGAUAUACUUUAACACCAAAAUCAAAGAAGGACUAGCUCAAAAAAAGAAGAAAAAAAGGAUAUAAUUUUCACAUUCAAAUUACUUCAAUCUAAAUACAGAGAUCUGGUUCAAAUUACACUGGAAUAAGUGAAAGGGACAUUUCUGAUGCCUUUUGUUCAGCCUUUUCAAUAAGCCUGUAGUUAAAAAAAAGACAAAAACCUCUCCAAACAUAUUCUACCUAAGGGUCACCUGUAUAAUCUGUCCCUCAAGUGCAUCAUUCUGGAUUAAGUGCCCAGAUAGUGAACCAGAAUUUCUUUCCUUGCUGAUUUUAAAUUCAAGUAAGUUAUUGAUGAUAGCAGAUCAAACCUUAAGGACAGCUGUUUGUACAAGUAAUAUGCUUGUUAAGGCAACAGGCCUGAGCCCAGGAGGAGAUGCCACUUCAGGCUGUUUCUUUUUACUAUAAAAACUGUCUUGUAUAUAAAAACAAAAUUGUGCAUUUGGUUUGGAAACAUACCAAAACACAUUAGCUUCUAAGAAAUAAACAUUUACUAGACAUGGACACCUA